AUGUCCGCCAUCGAUAGCGAGGCUGUGUUCUUGUCAAAGUGCACUCAGCUGGGGCUGCCCGAGGAUGCUCGGGGAAAGCUCAAACGAAAGGGCUGGGCCACUUUCGGCACUUUUGCAUUCUGCGUGCCAGGGGAGCCCGGGAGGAUUCCCGAUGAUGUCUUCAAAACCUCCGUUGUCCAGCCAAUCCUCGGUGAUGGGGGUGAGGAGCAUCAGGCGAAACUUAGGCGGCUCCACUUCGAGGCAUAUGCUUUGACAGCAGCUGAGCUGAAGCGGACGGCCGAGUCCACGGAGUCAGAUCAACCGCGCAAGGUCCCGACGGCAGAGCUCGCUGCUCGUUAUGAUGUGUUGCAAAAGCGCGUUAAGCCUCUCCGGCUUGUGGACCGCUUGGAGCCUUCGCAUGCGCUUGUCAACCUGUCAGCCCAAAUGCUUGAGGAUCAGCGGGUGCGCUACAUUGAGUGGUCGAAGUGUACUAGUCGUGCCCAGGAGAUAAAUCUUGUGAAGGAGGACGCUAGCUUGAAGCUGCUUCAGGGUGGCCGCUCAGGAUCCGUCAAGCUGGUGGAUCCCGGUGCUAAAAUCACUGCUGAUACUAAGUCUGACCUUGAGGUGAUGCAGGCCUUGCGUCGCAGAGGGGUGGCAUAUGAACUUGCUGCCAUCAUGUCGUUCGAGAGGCACGAGGAAUUGAUUGACCGACUGUUCAUGGAGUACCAACGUGAGCCCAUGGCUGGGUUUCAUCCCGUCUCCUUCUCUCAACUUCAGGCUGCGGACAGGGAGGUUCAUGUUCGCAUGGGGGAGCUCACCCGAGCUGGACUUGUGCCAGGGGCGGAUGGCUCCUUGCCGCUUGACAUCCCGGUGUCUCGGGUGCUGGCGGGCUCCCACAUCCAGUGGAUGUUGAUGCCUCGGCAAAAAGGGUCCGGUCCCUUGGGCAGUUCGGGCGCUGGUGAGGCUAAUGAGAAGCCAGACAAGCCACCGCGCAAGCCGCCCAAAAAGACGGAUCCGUCGAAGGCGACGGAUAGGGGUCAGGGCGCCGAUAAGAAUCAGAAGGCUGAUUCCGGUGCAUCGCCGAAUGCGGCUGAUCGACCUGGCAAGCCACGGAAGACUCGCUUCGUCAUGCCAAGGGCGCUCAUCGGUGGGGUCCCCAAGGACGGGGCCGGGCGUAACAUCUGCUUCGACCAUAACCUUGGGAAAUGCCAAGUACACAAUGCAACACAUGUGCAUGACACGGCCACCAGCCAUUUUGGCAAUGAUCGUGAUACGAAUGCGGAAGUUUUUGCUGCUACCUUGAUCGGCAAAGUCGAUGCGGGGGGCAUUCGUCGUCUUUUGGAGCUGCUUCCCUCGGAGGCACCGUCGCGCGGUUCGCGUGAGGUGGGCCGUGGGUCCGAAUUUUCUUUCACAACAGGUGCUUACACCUAUGAUCAUGGCAAGCGGCACGGCCUUCGCCAACAUUGCCGCGACUUUCCGAUGUCCACUAAGGUUCUGAAUGAGUUUAUGCGUUCGAUGGCGCCGGGCGCCUGCUACACUACACUGGCCUUGUUUCGUGAUCUUGAGACCCGGGUCCACUCAGACCACGGAAAUGAUCCCAGCCUGAUGAAUACCAUCCUGAAGGUUUCUGAAUUCAGCCACGGUGGCCUCUGGGUCGAGACGGUGGGCGGCAAGGUCCCGUGCCCGCUUCCGCAUCAGGGCCAAAGGAUGGGUAACGUUGUCGAGUUUGCCAAUGGUGCAUUGAGCUUCGAUGCCCAACAGCCGCACUGCGUUAUGCCGUGGUCUCGCGGGCCCCGCGUGGUUCUUGUGGCAUUUAGUGUACGGAACUGGGCAAACUUGCGUCGUGCAGACUUGACUGAGUUGUCAAACCUGGGGUUUAAGUUGCCAACCUUGGGACCUGACUCAACGGCCGGUCCCGAGUCUGCCUCUUCGGUUCUCCCUAGCCCUGGGGUUUUCCCUUUUCCGCCACCGGCGCCAACAGCGGCGCUUGCAGCUUCACCUGUCACCCUGCCUCCUCAGGUGAGCGUCCCAGGGACUGCGCCUGCCGCAGCGGAUCAUCCUGAUCUCGGUGGGUCAAACGUGGCUCGUGAUGUGACGGCCACUGCGCAACCUUCCUUCAUCGAGUUGUUCUGUGGCUCUGCUGGCCUUUCGGCCGAGGUGCGCAAGCUGGGGUUCCGCGUGUUGGGAGUUGAUCACAAACCCACCGCUAAGCAUGCCAAUGCACCUUUCGUCAGCUUGGACUUGCGCGACCCAGAGCAGCAGGACCGCAUUUGGGUCGAGUUGCGCCGUGCUCAGGCCGUGUGGAUUGCUCCCCCGUGUGGGACUGCUUCGAUUGCGCGGCAAAUCCCUCUUGGACGGUCGGCUAAGGGACCUGCACCCUUACGGAGCCCGGCUUUUCCAGACGGGUUGGCAUCCUUGCGUCCCGAGGUUCAUGCUCGAGUACAAAGUGCAAAUCUUUUGUAUGCCUUUGCCGCCAAGGUUUGGACGUUCUGUCUUGAACACGAUAUCCUUUGCAUUGUGGAGAACCCGGCAUCAAGCCUCAUGUGGCAAACAUCGUGGUUUAGAACACUUGUCCCGCGUGGCGUGUGGCACGAGCUGCAUUCUUGCAUGUAUGGAUCUGCUCGAAAGAAGCGCGCUGCCUUGCUGGCUACAUGCCGCCUUCCAGGUCUCAUGUUGCAGUGUGACAAAUCACACGAACACAAGAAAUGGGGUCGUGUGCGCGAUCCGGACGGGCGUGGUGUGCACUAUGCCACUGCCGAGGAAACCGCUUACCCAGCCGGCCUGUGUAUGGCAGCAGCCCGUGAGAUCUGCUUGGCAUUGCAAAAUAAAGGGAUUAUGCUUGAUGUGCGCGCAUCUUCGGACACGGCCCUGGCAUCUUCCUUUGCACAGCGGCAGCCUCGCCGCGGCCGCGGCAUUGUGGGUCCGCCUGAGUACAAACGGACUGUCCUUGUCCGGCUCCCUCGUGACUUUCAGCCCCCGGACCAUGUGCCAGAUGAGCCACUUGCAGUGCUUCGCGACGUGCCUGCGGGCUCCAAGCUUCUGUGGACUCGCGUCUUUGUUGAUGGGGGUGUUGAGGUUCGUGAGGCCCAAUUUGGGGUAUACCAUACACCGGAUGAGUUUCUGAAUGCUGCCUUGAAAGUGACCCAUCCCUUCGACAGUGCAGUGUCUAUUGACGGCCCGAACCUUCGGGCAAUUGCAUUCGCUCUUGAGCAUGGUGUUAAGGCUGUGCAGCAAAGACGUAUGGAGGUUCUUGAGCACUAUCGUGCACUGGAGCACUCUCUGAGGUCUGAUGAGGAGGCUCUUAAGCAGGCAAUGGACCCUACGGUACGGGAGAUCAUGGGCAACAAGAAGCUGCUCUUGUUCAAACAGAUGCUGAAGGAUGCAGGUGUUCCUGAUGAGCGCCUCUUCGAGGAUAUGGUUCAGGGAUUUCGGUUGACUGGUCCCCUUGAGCCUUCGGGUUUGUUUCCCCCUAAGUAUAAGCCUGCCGUCAUCUCAGUGGAUGAAUUGCGGCGCACUUCGCAGUGGUCCAAACACCUUGUCGAGGCUGCGUGUCGGAAGGCUUCACAGGAUCCUGAGAUUGCGAGGGCUGUUUGGGAAGAAUCGUUGGGGCAAGUCGAGAAGGGAUGGUUGUCGGGACCAUUCACAUGGGAUCAAAUGGAUCAGAAGUAUGGGGGCACUUGGGUGGCGUCCAAGCGCUUCGGGGUGUCCCAGGGCGACAAGGUGCGUGCUGUCGAUGAUCUCUCGCAGUUUCAGGUGAAUGCUUCGGUUACUGAGACCGAGAAGAUUCAACUUGAAGGCCUUGAUGACAUUGUUGCCCUUGCGAGAUUCCACUUGGGUGCCACUGUGUCGGGCACCAAGGUUUUCAGGCUCCCCUUGUCAGGCGGAGGCGUCUAUCAGGGCCGUUUGCAUCCUGACUUCAGGGAAGGUCGGGCACGGCGCUUGAAAGGCAGGGCUCUUGACUUGCGGAGUGCAUACAAACAGCUAGCUCGGCACCCCGCCGACGAUUGGGCUUCGGUGCUAGGAGUCUUAGAUCCAGACACCAACACUGUGGCCUAUUUUGAGAGCCACGCUCUCCCGUUCGGCGCAUCGAGCGCGGUGACAGGCUUCAACCGGGCUGCGCGUGCAUUGCGCAUUAUCAUGUCCAGGCUUUUGUUCCUUGUGAAUACGUCAUUCUUUGACGAUUUUUGCCAACUUGAGAUUGAUGGUCUGACUGAUUCUGCGGAUCAGGCGGCGCUUGCACUGCUUGAUCUCCUUGGCUGGGAGGUGUCCGAUGGCGAGAAGUUGAAACCUUUCGCUUCAGAGUUCACCAUGCUUGGUGCAGUGCUAUCCUUCAAAGAUGCGGGUAGGGGUCUGAUUAGGGUUAGGAAUAAGGCCGGUCGCUUGGAGGAAAUUUCUUCCAUGGUAGAUCGCUUUGCUGCUGACCCCGCAUGUGGGGCGCGAUCCCUCCCGUCGUUGAAGGGCAAGCUCUUGUUUGCAUCUUCGCAUGUGUUCGGUCGCUGUGCUCAGGUUGCGACUCAGUUGAUUCACCAUGCCGAGCGACAACCUGGUCCUGACGUGCAUGGUUUCGUCUUGCAAUCCCUCAAGAGGGCGCUUGGAACACUUAGGGCGGCUGGGGAUCGUCAGGUGAACCUGUGGUCUGAGCAGCCGCCAGUUGUCAUCUUUACGGAUGGUGCAUGUGAGGAGAAAGGCAAUCAGGUGACACAUGGGGCGGUCAUCGUUGACCCGGCUUCGCAGACUCGAGAGGUGUUUGGGGGUCACAUCCCCGAGGAUCUUGUGACAAAGUGGCGGAGCUCAGGCCGGACUCAGCUCAUCUUCUUUGCAGAGCUUUACCCUGUCUUGAUUGCGAGACGGACUUGGGCUAAAGUGCUGCGUAACAGAAGGGUACUGAUCUUCGUGGACAACGAGGCAGCGAAGGCGGCCUUGAUCAGAAAUUAUUCUCCUUUGUUGGAUGCCGCUCAUAUGCUUUCUGACAUUGCCGAGCUUGAUGUCGAGCUCAGUUGUUUUCCAUGGUAUUGCAGGGUGCCGUCCAAGAGCAAUUUUUCCGACGCUGCCUCCAGACUGAGCUUUGGGGAGUAUGAGGAAUGCUUCCGAAGGAUUCAGCCCACUCUGGCAGCCUUUUGA